AUGGGACCGGCGUAUUCAUAUGCAGGCACGGAAAACGCCGAGUUGGAUCGUUGCUUUCAGCUCCACCAUCUGAAGGCGGCCCUGUCCAAAAUGAAACGAGGCACAGCGCCAGGUCGGCAUCGAGUGACGGUUCGGCUCCUAGCCAACCUCCCUGACUCGGCGUACAUUCACCUCCUCGACUACUUCAAUCAGAUCUGGGAGGGGCGCGAACCCCUACCGCUCGAUUGGAAAACGGCCUUAGUAACUUUCAUCCCUAAAUCAGGCAAAUCUGUAAACAUCGACAAUCUCAGACCAAUUUCCCUAACCUCAUGCGUAGGGAAACUUAUGGAAGCCAUGGUCCGGGACAGGCUCUCUGAAUACUUAGAGGCCCGACACACAUUUGCAGACACUAUGUACGGCUUCCGCCCACAUCGCUCUGCUCAGGACAUCCUCCUGCAACUCCAUCGUGACGUUGUCGAACCGGUCGAACAUCCCAGUGACGACAAGGUAGUCCUCGCCUUAGAUCUCAAGGGAGCUUUCGAUAACGUUACCCAUGACAUCAUCCUUACCAACCUAUCACAAUCAAACUGUGGGCAUAAUGCUUUUAGGUACGUCCGCCAAUUCCUCAUAGAACGGCAGACAUACCUGCAUAUUCAAGACAAGGAGCAUGGACCGUACCCCCUCGGUACGCGCGGAACACUACAGGGAGCAGUCCUCGCUCCUCUUCUGUUCAAUCUUGCCAUGGCUCACCUUCCCUCAUUGCUAAACGAUGUCCCAGGCGUGCAGCACGCUCUGUACGCCGACGACAUCACGCUGUGGGCAACUCAGGGUUCCCUUGGUAGCAUCGAGACAUGUCUGCAACAUGCCGCGUCGAUUGUUGACAGCUACGCCCGCAGCUGCGGUCUCGAAUGCUCACCCACCAAAUCGGAAUACGUGCAUCUUCGCCCCAAACCGAACAUGACACAAAUUGAACUCACCUUGUGUAACAGGGCCAUUCCGGAACGCAACGAAAUCAGAGUCCUGGGACUCUUCAUACACAAACACCGCAAAAUUGACACCACUCUGCGCAAAUUACGCACUGUGGGGGAUCAGGUGGGCCGCAUGAUCCGCCGGGUUUCGAACAAGCGAGGAGGUUUCAAAAGCCGUGCUGCUCUGCGCCUCGCCAACGCUUUCGUGACCAGCCGGAUCUUUUAUUCGACACCUUACCUGCGUCUGCGUAAAUGCGACGAGAAUACACUAGACUGUAUACUCCGCAAAAUUUACAAACGUGCCCUAGACCUCCCCAUCUCAACGUCGAACCAACGUCUCGCAGACCUGGGCAUGACAAACACGUACGGGGAACUUAAAGAGGCUCAUCUUAAUAACCAGUACCUGCUCCUUAGUAGGUCUCAGGAUGGAAACAACCUCCUACACCACCUCCACAUUUCCAACACCCACAAGGUGGAAGAGCGUACCGCGAUCCCCAAGGAUUGGCGUGGUGCACUGAUCAUUCCGCCUCUGCCCCAAAACAUGACAAAUGGGACUCACGAUGGGCGGCGUACAGCGCGGGCUACAGCCCUACAGCAACGGUAUGGCUCACGCCCGGGAGUCUUCUACACGGACGCAUCCGGCCCCCGCCACGGCGGGUGGUACACGGCCGCUGUGGUUCACCAAAGCGUACCUAUUCAAGGGCUCACCUUUCGAGCACCAGACAUCACACACGCGGAGGAGGUCGCCAUAGCCCUCGCCGCAGCGGACCCCGCAUCUCGGAUAAUUAUUACCGAUUCGCGGAGAGCGUGCCAAAAUCUCACACGGGGUUGCAUCAAUGAUCGCGCCGCCGAAAUCCUUAAGCGAUGCUAUUGUCUAGAUCGCCCAAAUCCACGCACCGUCAUCUGGACUCCUGCUGAUACGGGGCUAGUUGGAAACGAAGCUGCAGAUGCCUCGGCCCGCGCGCUUAAUUACCGGGACCCGCCUCGCCCUCCAUCGCCUGAUGUUCCAGAACCCAAUCCGGCUACCUCUUUCAGAGAAAUCACCGCUAUGUACAAAUCGAACAGGCUCCGCUUCCCACCCCCAGCAUCGGGCCUGCCCAAGAAGGACGAGCGCUGGCUUCUCCGUCUCUAUACCAAUACAGUAUUGUGCCCGGCGAUACUCAAACAUUUCAAUCCGGCAUUCUCUGGGGAAUGCCCGCACUGUGACCAUCCGUUCGCGGAUACUUUCCAUGUGGUGUGGGCAUGCCCCUCUAAUCCGGCGGUCCCGCCACUUUCUUCUCCUUCCCUCCCUACCCGAGAGAGCUGGGAGGCUGCCCUGCUCGGUUGCUCGACCCUAGAGGACCAGCGUGCCCUAGUGGCCCGAGCGCGUGCUGCAGCGGAAGCCACAAGGGUCCCGGACUAG